AUGGACGCGCCGGUGGGGCAGGGGCACUGCUCAGGGUGCUGCGCGGCCGUGCGCUGGGGCCGGGCGGACGCAGGGCGGUGGGGGCCGUGGGCAGGUGGCGAGAGCGGGGCGGAGCCAUUCAGCUCACCCAGGGAAGCGGCGCGUAGGCGGGGUGGACGGCCCCCGUCACGCGGGCCGGGGCAGGGGUUGCCGGCGCCGUCGGCCUGCCUGGCGGCCGUGUGGACUGGGGCCAGCUGGGAGCGGAGAGGAGGCGGGGUGGAGGGCCCCGAUGGGCGGGCCGGGCCGGGGCGUGGUGCGCCGGGACGCCGGUGUGGCAGACGCAGCGACAGGGGCCGGCCGGGCCGGCGCGUAGGCAGGGUGACGGGGAGGGCGCGACGGCCAGGAGGCGGUGGCAAGGGGUGGCGCCGGAGGCGGGUGAGCAGGGUGGCGGCGGGGAGGGUGCGGAGGCUGGGAGGCGGUGGCAAGGGAGACGCCGGCGGGUGGGAGGCGGUGCCGGCGGCGAGGGCGCAGAGGGCUGGCGGCGAGCACCAGCUAGCAGUGCGCGGGUGA